AUGGAAUUUCAUGAUGUAUUAACAAAUCAACCUAUUUGUAUUGAUAAUGGCUCUGGAGUUAUAAAAGCAGGAUUUGCCGGUGAAGAUCAGCCUAAAUGUUUUUUUCCGUCAUAUGUUGGUCGGCCAAAACAUAUAAGAAUCAUGGCAGGAGCCAUUGAAGGAGAGUUUUUUAUAGGAAAUAAAUCACAAGAGCUUCGUGGUCUUUUGAAGAUUAAAUAUCCGAUAGAACAUGGAAUUGUUAUUGAUUGGGAUGAUAUGGAACGAAUAUGGCAAUUUAUAUAUACAGAAGAACUUAAGACUGUUUCAGAGGAACAUCCAGUUUUGCUAACAGAGGCACCUUUAAAUCCUAGGACAAAUAGGGAUCAAGCAGCUCAAAUCUUUUUUGAAACUUUUAAUGUACCUGCAUUGUUUACAUCGAUACAAGCUGUCUUAUCUCUUUAUGCUUCAGGGCGUACAACGGGUGUUGUUUUGGAUUCAGGCGAUGGUGUAACGCAUGCCGUUCCUAUUUACGAAGGAUUUGCAAUGCCAUCGGCCAUAAGAAGAAUAGACAUAGCAGGGCGGGAUGUAACAGAAUAUUUACAGUUAUUGCUUAGAAAAUCCGGGACAGCAUUUCAUACAAGUGCUGAAAAAGAGAUCGUUAGAAUUAUUAAAGAAAAAUGUUCUUAUGUUGCAUUGGACCCAAGAAAAGAGGAAAAGGAAUGGAUCAGUGCAUCUAUUUCAGGAGGACAAAAUCAUCCUAAAGGAGAAGAAUUUAAACUCCCUGAUGGAAAUGUUUUACGACUUGGGGCAGAGCGGUUUCGAGCACCAGAAAUCUUAUUUGAUCCAGAAAUUGUUGGAUCAGAAUAUUCCGGCAUUCAUCAGGUUGUGGUCGAUGCCAUUAGUCGAGUAGAUUUAGAUCUUCGGAAAUCUUUGUUCGGGAAUAUCGUCUUAUCUGGAGGAUCUACCUUGACAAAAGGAUUCGGCGACCGCCUUUUGUCUGAAAUUCGCCGCCUUGCUGUAAAAGACGUUAAGAUCAAGAUCUUUGCGCCUCCUGAAAGAAAAUACAGUACAUGGAUUGGCGGCUCCAUCCUUGCAAGCCUUAGUACAUUUAGAAAAAUGUGGGUCAGUGCAGAAGAAUACCAGGAAGACCCAGAUAUCAUCCAUAGAAAAAGCAUCUAG